AUGCCCACAAUAAAACUACAGAGCUCUGAUGGGGAAAUCUUCGAAGUGGAUGUUGAGAUUGCCAAACAGUCUGUAACCAUUAAGACCAUGUUAGAAGGUAAGUGAUUGUAAACUCUAUGAUCUUCUCUCCUAACAUCAUAUCACUGGUAAUCUUAGAGAUGUGAACUCAGGUCGUUGAAUAUUGGACUAAUGAUAUUCACUGUUUCCAUGACAGAUUUGGGAAUGGACGAUGAAGGAGACGAUGAUCCAGUUCCCCUCCCCAAUGUAAAUGCUGCCAUCCUUAAGAAGGUACAGAACAAAUACACCAUUACAGGACUUGACACUAACUUUUUUCACAAGGAGCACAUGUCCUCCUAAGUUGAAAGAGUAAAGAGCACAUGAAGAACUUUAAUUUAACUUUAAUUUAAGCGAUCAAGUAAUGUUUGUCUUAUUGGCCGACAUAAGUACUAUUAUUAUUAGUAGUAGUAUUAGUCCUUUUGGUCAUGUGACAUGGAAGCUAUUGAAGGAAAACAGCCAUUUUUGAGAACAUUAACUGGUAAUUUAUUGAUGGUCCCUUAUUCAACACCCGACGUUGACAGCGAGGAUGCUGAGUAGAUUUAACCGCGCUGCUGUUGCCAUUCCCGGUUAUGGAGAGUGAGAAGACCCCGGUAGAUCCACAGUGAAUGUCAGUCGAAUAUCCAACCUAAAACUAACUUCACCGCGGUAUUUACAUGAAAACACAUUUGUUGCCUGGGCGAAUUUUUUUAUGCGCACAUGUGCCUUUAAAUACAUUAUUUUACAACUCGCACUCAUCUAUUUUUAGUGAAACGGUCGCACUGUCGAGCCCUGCAUUCAUCAGAUUGUGUUUUUGAGUGUCUACUGAACUAUGAAUGGAAAGUGGUCAUACUCUAAUCCUUCACAAUCGAAGUUUCUGGUUGUUAGAGCUAAAUGGCUGAAAAAAUAAUCCGGCACCUAAGAGUAUGUUGGUUUUUCCUUGCCCUCUGGUGAAACUAUGAUCCUGUCUUUUGCGUGGAUGGAAGCUGUGUACUUUUAUAUUUUCAAGUGGGAUCCUUUAAUGAAACUUUGUGUGUGUUUCAGGUGAUUCAGUGGUGCACCCAUCACAAAGAUGACCCCCCUCCUCCUGAGGAUGAUGAGAACAAAGAGAAGAGGACAGAUGACAUUCCUGUAUGGGACCAGGAGUUCCUCAAAGUGGACCAAGGCACCUUGUUUGAACUUAUUCUGGUAAAUACAGCAAGUACCUUCAUAACACAUUUACAUGACACUGAAAUGGUCAUUUCCCAAAGGUUUGCACUCACUUUUACUCACUGGCAUUUGAUCCGCUACAUGAACUGAAACCAAAAGUACAACUAUCGUUUUUGAUGGUCAACAGUAUUACAGAUUGUGUCUUUUAUUUUUUAGAGUUUCCAGUGUUGUUCAUUCAUAGAGAUUUCCACACAGACACCCACUAGAAGUGUGUUCUCUAAGCAGUGGUUUGUAAGCGUGAAGGUAUUAACUGGAUUACAGUAGGCACCAAAGCUUGAGCCCCCAAAGCAAGAAUUUGGAUCAUGUGUUUAAAGCCUAAUUUAGUAUCUAAGCUCUUUGCGGUAAAUGAAUCAGAACAACUUUUAUUAUGAGUACAAGAUUCUAUGUGACUGAUAUUUUUCUGUGUUAUAAUCCAAACUACACUUAUGAUUUUUACACAUAGAGGGAAUACUCUGUUUACUUUUUUGAGGAAGUUUACCCCUGAACAAGUUUGUCACACAAAAGAAUUGAGCAGGGUGGGAUCAGAUUAUUGCCUGGUUAUGGUAGAAUUUUCCAGGAUAUGUCUUUCGUUUUGAAAACUGUCCUUACAGAUCUCCUUUCUCGCUCAGUACCCGUCUUUGUCAAGUCAUUGUGAAGUUAAAUGAGCUUGUAUCUUCCUUUUGUUGUCUUUUCCAUUCUCUGCUGAGACGGAGUGCCAAGCGUUUUCAUUUGCUUAACAGGGGUAGUAGAAAAAAGGUUGCUUAGCAACAGUUGAGAGAUAGGUGUGGGCAAGUGCUCGAAAAGAGGCAGGGAUUUUAAAACACAGUUUCAAGGUGGGACAUGAAAUGUUUUGAUCUUGUACUUGAACAGUGAGUUUUCUCUGGGCCGCUGGUGAAGGUAAACACUCAAGACACGUGAAAGGUAACCUAAGAAGUUUGGGAGUGAUUGAGAAAUUGGUGUAAGACGUUGUGUGCUUCCAGGAAGUGAAACACAAGUAGUUCGAGUCAUUUGAGUUGUUAAGCCCCCCUCUGGCUGUUUUUAAAUGUAACUCUAUUCACAAAGCUUGAGGACGUAGGGAGGCCAGUGAAAAUGAAGUCAGGCAGGAUUAUGUCCACUCCAUGUUCAGUCAUUGGGUUUCAGACGAGUGAUUUCAAGCUAAUGUUUAAGCCCAGUGAUUUACCCUAACUAAAAGAUACGACAGGGAGAAGAAGCUGCAGUAAUGUUUUCAUAUUUACAUACCUGAAUAUGGCAGUAUUGUACAAAACAAGUAAUAUGAACAACAUUAUAUCAGGAUAAAACCGUAAUCGCACUGAAUGUCCAUAAACAGCAGUGCAGUCACUAAUAUUCCCAGAUGUCGGUCAGACCCGGUGGGAUUAAAUCUGUACUGGACUGGGGUGUACUGGGAAGAGUUCACUCCCCUUGUUCAUUUAUUUGAGACAGCUGCAUUCCCCCCACCCCCACCUCUAAACCUCCCUCACACUCAGCCAAGAACAAAAUGAAAAAGUGUAUUUUCAAAUAUUUGAGCCUUCAGUUUCACUCACCUAUUACACACACACACUGACAGCCCUAUUCCUGAAUAUUUGGCCCCUCUCACAGUGAAUUCAGUGUUAUCAACAUGAUCUGUGUCUGUUUCAUGACAUUUGAUUUGUAUGUCUUCUGCAUUUUCACUCAGGACCUUAACUCAGCAUCAGAUAGGCUGCUGUAAACUGUGAAACAUGGCUGUAGUUUCUGUGAUUUUCUCAGUUUUUAUAUAUAUUUUUAGACUUUCAAGCCCUGUCAUUAAAAAUCAGCUGGUGCAGUACAGCAGAGUCCUCUGAUUGCACAACUUGACUUGCAGCAAUGAUGGGCAGGAAUUCUCCGAUUCACAAAGGUCCCCAAAUAAUGAAGUUAUUAAGUCCCAAACAGGUUUUUGGUUCGUUGUCAUGUGUUCACAAAACACGGGAUCUCCUGCUCUCUAGCUAGCACAGAAGUUUCUUCCCUUUUCUCCCCCGUCAGUCUACAGAGUCUUGUAAAGGUGUAUACAGCCUGUCAUUGACGCUGUUCUUCCUCACUUUGAAGCUUGCAGACCCAAACAGGUGAUUGUAAAGCUGGAAGUGUAAAGACAUGUUUGUGCCACUUCUGAGAACAGAGUGAAGCUCUUGAAAAAUGUCCAAAUCGAGCGAGAAGGGCUCGUCGGUCGAGGUUUGUUAAAAUGAGUGGAAUUUAGUGCUGAAGCUGACCUCGCCUGUGACUGUUGAAUGUUUCGCUUCUGUCCCUGGGACCAGAGUACCGGUUCUUCCGUCUGUGACUAAUACACUCAGGAUUGACAAGUACCUCAUACAACCUGGAGUAAAAAUAGAAAAGAAGUAGACUUUUAUAAAAUCAGCGGGACAGAUUCUUGUUGUUUCGAAUAAAGGCCUGGUGACAUGCAGUUUGUUUUCAACUGACACAGUGGAAAUAAAGAUGUGAGAAGCUGUUAUCGUGCUCUCUAUCACACAUCAAAAUGAAACCACAGUGACCACAUGUUCAGAGGCCUUUAACUCGAUAUUUUUGUCGCCAAGCGAUCACACCUUACAGCGUUUUUUUUUGUUUUUGCUCUCUGCUCCUCUUCAUGUCGCGGUUUUGUUUUUCCUGUUUUUUAGGCCGCCAACUAUUUGGACAUCAAAGGCCUCUUAGACGUCACCUGCAAGACGGUGGCUAACAUGAUCAAAGGCAAAACCCCAGAGGAGAUCAGGAAGACUUUCAACAUCAAAAAUGAUUUCACAGAGGAGGAGGAGGCCCAGGUACUUGUUCUGUCUUUUUUUUUUGCCUCUCUGUCAUGAAAUGAGCAGAUGCUGCAUCAGUUGUUAAAAAUGAAUACAUCACUCAGGACGGGUGUGAAGUUAAAGGGAAAUGACCGUGUUUUUUUUUAUUAUUUGUGCUGCACAGGUACGCAAAGAGAACCAGUGGUGUGAAGAGAAGUAA